AUGCUCAAUACGAACUAUCGGAAUCACAGCGCAAUUCUCGAUUUGUGGAACCAGAAUGUGUAUGGCGGUGCUUUGCAAGUCGGACGCUCCAACGACGCUCCGGACCGUGUAGGCAAUGCAUGGGAUGCGUUCACCUCGUCACGGCACUACUUUCGGGGAUUAGGUGUCGCAGGUCUUCGUCGUGGAAGUUCUGCGCCAUGUCUUGUCUCGCUGUACCAGUUCGAGAGGCCUCAAGGAGAUAAGAUUGAGCCCAAGGACGUCAUGAUCAUCAGUCCAUAUAGGGACCAGAGGGCACUGGUGGACGAAGUUCUUGGAGAGCACAACAUUGGCUUCAAUGAGAAUGUGACUGUCGAUGCGGCCCAAUGA